AUGCUCAGUUUCUUCUUUGCUGCAGCUUUAUCUGCCCGCCGUAGACACGAGAGAAGAGAGGUUCCAAAUGCCAGUGGAUCUGCCAUCCUUAAUGUAGCUAAAAGCAGGAUCGGAAAGCAAUACAUGUCCGGAGGCACAGGACCAGAUUUGUUCGACUGCUCUGGCUUAGUCCUCUACUCACACAACCAGUGCGGCGUCUACGGUGUUCCACGCGUUGCCAAGGAUCAGGCCAGAGGCGGAAAAGCAGGAUCUGGCGCUGCUGGUGAUGUUGUCUACUUCGGCAACCCAGCUCACCAUGUUGGCAUCUGCUGUGGUGAUGGAUCAAUGGUCCAUGCUCCAAGACCAGGAAAGACAGUCUGCAUUCUUAAGAUUGCAUAUAUGAAGGAAAGCUACGGCUACCGUAGAUAUUACUAA